GUGCGGAUCUUGGGACCCCUCAUCUCUCCAUCCUGCCCGCCUGCUGCCCCGCCCUGCCCGCCAACUCUGGCUUGGGACAUCCACAUAACCACAACGUCGUCUCCGUCGACUAAAAGAAGGGCCGCUUCGCCCAAACCCUUCUCUCCCCCUCCUGCAAUAAUACCUGGCAUGAGAUCAUUCCCGGCAGCAAUCGACGAAGACAAUCUCUACAAAGCGCACACGGUAUCGAGUCAAAACACCCACACCCGCACCCCUAUCAGUCUUCUCCACCUCUUCUCCUUCGCAUUCCUUGCCAUCAUCCUCAUUGUACAAUUCUUUUUCGCAGACACCCCUUCUAUUCAUCCGAAGAUCGUAAAUCGCCAUUCCCCUACGUCAUUUUCCCCUCCGGCUCACGUUGUUGAAGGUGGGACUUGCGAAACCCCUCCUCCCUUUCCUACAGAACCUGCGAUAUCGAGACCACACACGAUGGCUUUAGCAGUGGAAGCGAAGCGGAUCGCCGCAGAAUUCGAAAUAUCGGAUACCAAUUUGAAUACGAUCAGUUUGGAAUUUGUUCAACAGAUGAAGGAUGGCUUGGCGAAGAAUGCCACCAAUUUGAGCCAGAUUCCUACAUUCGUUACGGCAGUACCGAAUGGAACAGAAAAGGGACUUUACCUGGCUGUGGACCUUGGAGGAACGAAUUUUCGUGUCUGCUCGAUCAAUCUACACGGAGACACCACUUUCGACAUUGUGCAAUCGAAAGUAGCAAUCCCAAAGGAGCUGAUGGUAGCUAAGACCGCGAAAGAACUUUUCUCUUUCCUUGCGAAGCAGAUUGAAUUAUUUCUAAGGGAACACCACGAGGACCACUUCAAUGCACACAUCAGGCGGCGUCAAACAAUCAGUACGCCAGAAGGAUACAGGGAUGAACAUAUCUUUCGAUUGGGGUUUACAUUUAGUUUCCCGGUGCAUCAAAUAGGGAUCAAUAGAGGGACACUUAUGAGAUGGACAAAAGGCUUCGAUAUUGCAGACGCAGUUGGGCAGGAUGUCUGUAAAUUAUUACAAGACGAGAUUGACAUCCUCAAAUUACCUGUCAGAGUGGCAGCGUUGGUUAACGACACUGUUGGAACGCUUAUGGCAAGAUCCUACACAUCACCCGGAAAGACUAGCACCCUCUUGGGAGCCAUUUUCGGCACUGGGACCAAUGGUGCUUACGUUGAGAGAAUUGACAAGAUCACAAAGCCAAUGGAUGGCGAGUAUGACACCAGCACCGGCGAUAUGGUAGUAAACACGGAAUGGGGUUCUUUCGACAACAGCAUGAAAGUACUCCCUAGCACCCUAUAUGACCAAAUCCUCGAUCAAGACAGCGUCAACCCCGGUAUUCAAAUGUUCGAGAAACGAGUCUCAGGCAUGUUCCUUGGCGAAAUCCUCCGCAUUGUUCUCGUCCAAACUUUGAAGAACCCUGCCAUCCCCCUCUUCAGUGGUUUCGAAAUCGCCUCAACCGCACCCAUCCAUGCCCAAUGGGGUGUUGACAGCAGUAUCCUCUCCGAAGCAGAAGCAGACUCCAGCGCCGACCUAUCAAAGUUACGGGAAUAUAUAAAGACAUCCCUGGGUGUCUCAGCCGCUACCGUUGAAGAUGCUCUCGCUGUCAAAGGAAUCGCACACUCAAUCGCACUUCGAGCCGCCCGUCUCUCCGGUGUAGCAAUCGGGGCCAUUAUACUCGAGACAGGGCGUUUGAACCCUGGCGCCUUUGCAGUACCCGGCCCAAAAUCAACCGCUUCAAUCGUCGAAGACGUCAAGAACCUCAACGUCACCGAAGCAGCAUCCGCUACUAUUUCCAAACUCGCCAACACCGCUGGCCUCGCCGUCAACGAGGACGAGAUCGUUGAUAUCGGUGUCGAUGGCAGCUUGGUUGAAUUUUACCCUCAAUUCGAAGAAUACAUGCGCGAGGCUCUUAGGUCCCUAGAUGGGAUUGGCGCGGCUGGCGAGAGGAGAAUCCGCAUCGGCAUUGCGAAGGAUGGUAGUGGGGUUGGCGCGGCGCUUAUUGCGCUUGUGGCUGCGAAGAUGGAGAAGCCGUUGGAUUAUCUGAAGCCGCUAAAGGGGAAGCUGGACGAGAUCAAGGCUGGGUUUUCCUAG